AUGACUAGAAAGCCAUUGAGCAAAUUAGAAGAAGAAGCAAUUGAGUCUUCUGCAUACUUGGCAAGUGAUGAGAAAGCAUCCAAUUUUAGAAAUUCGGGUCCAAUUGAUCCUAAGUGUGAGAAAAUUGAAGCACACCCAACUGUGAAACCAUGGGUUCAUUUUGUGGCAGGUGGAAUAGGUGGUAUGGCCGGUGCUAUAGCAACAUGUCCCUUUGAUUUGGUUAAAACUAGAUUGCAAAGUGAUAUCUAUAAGAAAGCUUAUCAGUCGAGUACCCAUUCCGGAAACACUAUGAGCUACUUGGCUCAAGCUGGGACCCAUUUCAAAGAAACAGUUGGUAUUAUAUCCAAUGUCUACAGGAUGGAAGGCUUUACUAGUUUGUUUAAAGGGUUGGGUCCUAAUUUAGUCGGUGUUAUCCCUGCAAGAAGUAUUAAUUUUUUCACAUAUGGUACUACAAAGGAUCUCUAUUCUAAAGCAUUUAAUAAGGGGGAAGAAGGUGCAUGGAUCCAUCUAAUGGCUGCUGCUACAGCCGGUAUUGCCACUUCUACUGCAACAAAUCCAAUUUGGUUGAUCAAGACCAGAAUGCAACUAGGUAAAGCAGGCACUAGUAAGCAAUACAAAAAUUCAUGGGAUUGUUUGAAAAGUGUAGUAAGACAUGAAGGGGUUUAUGGGCUGUAUAAAGGUUUGAGCGCUUCAUAUUUGGGCUCGGUGGAGACAGUGUUGCAAUGGUUACUCUAUGAACAAAUGAGAUAUAUUAUUAAACAGAGAUCAAUAGAAAAAUUUGGCCAUAAUAAUGAUGGUCAAAAAUCGACAAUUGAUAAAGUUAAAGAGUGGUGUCAAAGAUCUGGAAGUGCUGGGCUAGCUAAAUUUGCUGCUAGUAUAGUCACUUAUCCACAUGAAGUAGUACGAACAAGAUUAAGACAAGCCCCUAUGGAGAAUAAUAAAUUGAAGUAUACAGGUUUGAUACAGAGUUUCAAAAUCAUUAUUAAGGAAGAAGGGUUAGCAUCCAUGUAUAGUGGGUUGACACCACAUCUGAUGAGAACAGUUCCAAAUAGUAUAAUUAUGUUUGGGACAUGGGAGUUGGUUAUUAAACUUUUAUCAUGA